AUUUAGGCGAGUAGCUUACAAAUUAACACUUCGAGUGAAUUUCGUAGACGAAUUAUAAAAUAUGCAAACAGUACUGGUUACUGGUGAUCAAACUGUACGACAAGAAGCUGAACAAAAUAAAAUUACUGUAGAUAAAUCACUGGGGUCAGUCGUCUUAAACAAAGAAUUAAUUAGCUCAAGCUUGUGCUCUGUUAAUGAAACUAUUGAUGGAUUAUCAUAUGCUCCGGCUAAAUUCAUUUGCAAUGAAAAGCUUCUAACAGAUAUAGAUGCACUGAAGGGUUAUAUAUUCCUGCGUUAUAUUAACUUGGGAUUUAAUCGUUUGACAAAUUUAAAGCCUCUAUACAAUCUCACCAAUCUUAUUGUAUUAAGAGCGGCAUAUAAUGAAAUUGAAGAAUUUCCAUGCGGCAACUGGCCGACUCUUACACAUUUAGAUUUGAGUCAUAACCGUAUUAAAAAGUUGUCAACAAUAAACUAUCCAAGAUUAAUGGUACUAUUCCUUGACUAUAACCAAAUACGCAGACUUACUACUGACACCGACGGCUUAUGUUAUUUAAAUGACCAGUCUGUACCAAAACUGCAUACACUUGGAUUGUCGCAUAAUUUAAUCGAAAUAGAAGAUAAUGGAACAGAAGAUAAUCCUUCACAUAUUACGAUUGGAUUAGAAGUGAAAACUCUUAAGGCUUUAUUUCUUGGAUAUAAUAGAAUAAUUAGUUUUGGAAACUAUAAUUUAAAGAAUGAAAAUUCAGAAAAUUCCUCCACCGAGCUAAGCAUUUCUUCUGUCGCUAAGGUACAAGCUUAUUGUAAAUACAACUCAAUGAUUGGCUAUCUUCCAAAUUUAUCUGUUUUACACAUUAGAAGCUGUGGACUGGUAAAUCUCGACGGAAUAACAAUUGAGUGUUUUCCAAAACUACAAUACUUGAAUGUUCGAGAAAAUCAAAUUGGAAGUUUGGAAGAAAUCAAAAAGCUAACAGGAUUCUCGCACUUACGAACCCUGAUUUUAGCAGACAAUCCCGUUUACGAUACCAAAGAUUAUCGACUGGAAGUUCGAGUUAGUCUACUCAGUUUAAGACGACUGGAUAAAGAUGUCUACACAGCUGAAGAAAAUGAAGAAGCUGAUGAGUUGGCCACACAACGAAUGCAGGCAACAUAAUCUG